CUCCAAGGCAAAGCCCAAACACGCCACCAGAAAUAAGGAGCGGCCCAAUUCAGAUUCCCCAAGAUCGUCUCGUCUCGUCUCGAAUCGCAUCCAUGGGUUGGCGUUGGCACGACGACGUCGAGGGCGACGGUGGCCGCGGCGGGCUCGGCGACAUCCCCGACCUCGCCGGCCGAGGCGGCGGCGAGGGCGCGCACGUCGGCACGCGCCGGGUGGUGCAGUCCCGCUGCCACACGGAGGAGGUGGAGCCCGGCCGCUUCGUCCGCAAGUGCGAGAAGACCGAGCAGCUCCUCCGCGACUGCGUCGGCAGGCCCUCCGAGCUGGUGGAAUCAAAAACUGAGAACACCGAAGAAGAUGUCACGGAUGAAAUGACCGGUGGUGCCUCGCGUUCUCUUGGCUUCCCGACAAAAGAGCCCUUUGCAUUUCCAGGACUUCGCAGUGACAUAGAAGCUAUUGAGAAAGGCUUCGGUAGCUUUCUGGAUGAAGCUGAGCGGAUGACCAACGAGUUCUUCAAAUCUUUUGGAUUUCCAACCAUUCAUGACGGGGACUCGAGACCAUCUCCUAGGCAACCUGCAGAGAGGCAUAUUGGAGAAGGUGCCGCAAAGAAGCCCAAUGAGAAUGAGUACUCCGAAUUCGGUAGCCAGAUAACAGAUGUGUAACAAGCUACAGUCAUAUAACGUUCCUUCUUGGAGAUGAAGCCCAGGAACUGUGUUUCGCUGAGUAUCUAGAAUCCUAAAGUGGUUUCUCUUUUGAACACUUCAUCAUGGUUGUAAUAACCUGCAACUAUCAUAAGUGUAUGACUUUUGGUAUGUAAUAGUACUGUCUUCAGAUGCUUCAGCUAAAACAUUUUAAUUUGGCAUGGAA